CAGGUGGUGCAGGGCAACCUGGAGCUCACCUACCUGCCCGCCGACGCCGACACCUCCUUCCUCAAGGACAUCAAGGAGGUGCAGGGCUACGUGUUGAUCGCGGAGAACCAAGUGAGCGGGCUGGAGCUGCAGAGCCUGCGCAUCAUCCGCGGCACGCAGCUCUUCCAGGAGCGCUACGCCCUGGCCGUGCUGGGCAACGCCGGCCCCGCCGGGGCACCGGGGCUGCGGCAGCUCGGCAUGAGGCACCUCACAGAGAUCCUGAAGGGAGGGGUGCUCAUUGAGAGGAACCCCGAGCUGUGUUUCCAGGAGACCAUCCUGUGGAGCGACAUCCUGCACCGGCACAACGAGUUCCGUGCCGACAUCCAGGUGGAGAGCACCCGCACCCGCAGCUGUCCCGACUGCCGGGCGCUCUGUGCUGAGGGGCACUGCUGGGGUGAGGGCAAACAGGAUUGCCAGACAUUGACCAACAGCAUCUGCCACGGCUGCCCACGCUGCAAGGGCACGAAACCCACGGAUUGCUGCCACGAGCAGUGCGCUGCCGGCUGCACCGGCCCCAAGCACUCUGACUGCCUGGUGAGCAUGGGACAGGGACACUGA